AUGAGGGGGAGAGGAGGCAACCGACGACAGGCUCGUCCUGCCGCCUCAAUGACCUCUAGUCAGCAGCUCAACGGGAAUGACGACGAUGAGGAUGGCACAAACGACCAGUUCUUCUCUGCUGCCGAAGAGCGCGAUCGGGCUGGUGCCGUUACCGACGACGCGGUGGUGGCGACGGAGACGGAGACGGAUUUCUCGGGAUCAGAACAGGAGGAGGAGCUUUCGGAUGAUUCCAUGGACGAGGUGAUAUCUUUGGAGGUCCCCACACUGCCGACGACGAAUUCGAUGAAUUCUAUGGGCCCUGGAACGCCAAUGACUGCUGGUACGCUCCGUGGCAGAAAAACAAACGGCUUUGCUACCCCCGGCUCCGUCUUUUCCAACUUUACAUCUACUACUGCGCGCCCCGAUCGAGCUCGCGGCAGGCUAUUCAAAGUGCACGGUCUGAGAAAACAGAUACCCUCUGAUCUGCUGCAUCCCAAGCCAUCUCCCGAGGACGAUGAAGAGGCUAGAAUCUAUGUGGAUGUGGCGUCGCUCUCCAAGAUUGGGUGCUUCUCCGGAGACUGGGUCCGGAUUGAAGCCGCCGAGGAGCCUCCCCUGAAUGGAUUUGGCGCGUUUGGGCUAGGCAGCUUCAACCACCCAGAUUUUGAAGUGUCUAAUUGGCGGCCUGUUCGCGUAUAUGGCCUGCCCGAGGGCUACUCCCAACGCCCCGUCACACGGAUCCCGAGUUCAAGGAAGGGCGAUCGGCGACAAUCAUUCUUCGAGUCGCAAGUCCAGCGGCCGUCCAGCCCAGCCGCCUAUGCUUCGCCGAUCUUGAUCGCAAAUAUUGAUGGAGCCACCCACCUGCGCAUAUCUGUGCUCAAGAAGUCUUCAUAUCAGGGUAAAGGGACGCUGCCCAGAUUCGCGAGCGCAUCGCAGCCUCCGUACGCAAAGGAUAUCGCCAUUCACCACAUUAGGACCCCCAUUUCCGCGGAAAGGGCGUACCAAACCGCCGUGUUGGGUGGAUUAAAGCGCUAUUUUGCUCAUAAAUUACGCCUUGUUCGGCAGGGUGAUUUGAUUGCCGUGCCGGUAGAUGCGCAGCUGGGUCGAGCCCUCCAAGAGGCUCCCGGUGCAGGCGGUUCCGAGGUUGACGACGUAGUGGCACUUACGGCACGGUCUACCGAGUCUGGUGGGGAGACUCUAUCACAUCUCGACAGCGUUGCUUGGUUCAAAGUUGGGCAUAUCCAAGUGCAAAAGUCAGACGAGGAUGAGGACGGAACUGCGGAAUCUCUGUGGGGGACUGUCGCAUGCAUCGACAGCACAACUGUUGCCAUGCACGGGUCAGGCUUUGAGACGAGCCGGAUACCAGGUAUCAAGGACAGCACUUGGCCUUACUAUCUGGGCCUGAAGAAGACGCCGCAACGGGCACCAGACGGUGGCCCUCCGCAAUUGGCAGAUCGUGACCAGCAACAUGUCCCCCCUCUGAGGCGCCAGCUGCGUGAACUCUUGGCUGCCGCAACGAGCUUGAGGGCUGUCCAUCUGAAAAUGCCACCUGUUGCUAUCCUACUGACAUCGUCGCACCGCAACAUCGGAAAAGCGACAAUGGCAAAAGAUGCCUGCAGCGAUAUGGGUUUACACACAUUCGCCAUUGAUGCGUAUGAUAUCAUCAGUGAGGGUGGAGGCAGCGGCAGCGAUGUCAAGACAGAAGGCUUCCUGAGGACGCGUGCGGAGCGUGCUAUCAGUUGUGGCCCAGAAUGCUGUGCCCUCCUCAUCCAGCACAUCGAGGCGCUGACGGCUGAUCGAAUAGAGUCUUCGAUUAAAGAGAUCCUGGAGGAUGUUCGCGUCCUCAUUGCUACUACAAACGAGGUUGACAAGGUCCCCGAUGGAGUCCGCGCGCUCUUCACCCAUGAGCUCGAAAUGGGAGCCCCCGACGAGGCUGAGCGAGAAGUCAUCCUGAGGACUGUCAUUGAAGACCGCGGCGUAUCCCUGGAGCCAGCCAUCGAUCUCAAUGCCAUCGCCCUCAAGACGGCCGCGCUGGUUGCUGGUGACUUGCUUGAUGUCGUUGAAAGAGCUUCGAUAGCCCAACGCGCUCGACUUGAGUCGCUCUCUAUCAAAUCUAGCAGCAGCAGCAUGCCCAUGACGGUGCGUGACGUGCAGGUUGCUGGCGGCCCGUCGGCGCGCUGCCUGACAGCGGCUGACUUUGAUGUCGCUGUUGAAGCUGCUCGUAAGAACUUUUCCGACUCCAUUGGUGCUCCCAAGAUUCCCAAUGUCACAUGGGACGAUGUCGGUGGCCUCAGCAAUGUUAAAGAGGCCAUCACGGAGACGAUUCAGCUACCGCUGGAGCGACCCGAACUGUUCGCCAAGGGCAUGAAGAAGCGUUCCGGUAUCCUCUUCUACGGUCCCCCGGGUACUGGAAAGACGCUGCUCGCAAAGGCCAUCGCCACCGAAUACAGCCUCAACUUCUUCAGCGUCAAGGGUCCGGAGCUGCUCAACAUGUACAUUGGUGAGUCAGAAGCCAAUGUGCGACGCGUCUUCCAGAGAGCCCGAGAUGCUCGCCCCUGCGUCGUCUUCUUUGACGAGUUGGAUUCCGUCGCGCCAAAGAGAGGUAACCAGGGAGAUUCUGGCGGUGUCAUGGACCGUAUCGUGUCGCAGCUGUUGGCCGAGCUGGACGGUAUGUCAGGCGGCGAGGAUGCUGGAGGCGUCUUCGUCAUUGGAGCCACCAACAGGCCCGAUCUUUUGGACCCUGCACUGCUGCGUCCUGGUCGAUUUGACAAGAUGCUCUAUCUUGGUGUUUCCGAUACUCAUGAGAAGCAGCAAACCAUUCUGGAGGCUCUUACUCGAAAAUUCACCCUGCACCCUUCUGUCUCUCUCGCAUCAGUUUCCCAACGCCUCCCAUUCACCUACACUGGUGCCGAUUUCUACGCGCUUUGCAGUGAUGCCAUGCUCAAGGCUGUCACCCGCCAGGCCGCCGCGGUGGACGCCAAAGUCCGCGCCCUCAAUGCCGACCCGGCUAACAAGCACGAGGUCUCCACGGCGUACUUCUUCGAUCACUACGCCACGCCCGCGGAUAUCGCUGUCAUGGUCCAAGAGGAGGACUUUAUCGCCGCACACGAGGAGUUGAUUCCUAGUGUCAGUGCUGGUGAACUAGCGCACUAUGAGAGAGUAAGGGCACAGUUUGAAGGAGGAAGCGACAAGAAGCAGCAAUCACAAGACCACGGAAAAAGACCUGGUUCUUCCGGAGGAUCGAGGAGCGGCGGCAGGUCGUCCUCUAGCAAGGGCAAAGGCAAAGGAAAGGCCAUUGCAGUCAGCAGUGAUGAGGAAGAACAAGUCAAUGGCAAAGGAAAAGGCAAGGCAGUGAUGGGAUUCCAGGACGGAACGGCGAGUGACGACGAGGACUUGUACUAG